AUGGCUGCUUCCGAUUACAAGUUCGAGGGCUGGAUGGGCCUUGACAAGAACUCCGUCGGCAACAUGGUCUGGCAGGAGUUCGAGCCCAAGCCCUGGGAGGAGUCCGAUGUUGACAUCAAGGUCACCCACUGCGGUAUCUGCGGAUCCGACUUGCACACUCUCAGAAGCGGUUGGGGCCCCACCAUGUACCCCUGCUGUGUCGGUCACGAAAUCGUCGGUGUCGCUGUUCGCGUUGGCUCCCAGGCCGAGGGUGAUAUCAAGAUUGGAGACCGUGUUGGUGUUGGUGCUCAGAGCGACUCUUGCCGCGGCCGCAACGGUGACUGCGAGGAGUGCGCCUCUGGUCUUGAGCAGUACUGCCGCCACUCCAUGGUUGGCACCUACAACGGCGUCUACCAGAACGGCGGCAAGUCCUAUGGCGGUUACUCCCUGUACCACCGCUCUCCCUCUCGUUUCGUUGUUAAGAUCCCCGACGCCAUCCCCUCCGCCCAGGCUGCGCCCAUGCUCUGCGGUGGUAUCACCGUGUACUCUCCCCUGAGACACUACGGCUGCGCUCCCGGCAAGCGUGUCGGUAUCAUCGGUGUUGGUGGUCUUGGUCACUUCGGUAUCAUGUUCGCCAAGGCCCUUGGCGCCGACAAGGUCGUUGCCAUCUCUCGCAAGAACAACAAGAAGGAGGAUGCUCUGAAGCUCGGCGCUGAUGCCUACAUCGCCACCGAUGACGAUGCCGACUGGGCCAAGAACAACGCCCGCUCCCUCGACCUCAUUGUCUCCACCGUCUCUUCCUCCAAGAUGCCCAUGGUGGACUACGCCACUCUGCUCGACCUCGACGGUUGCUUCGUCCAGGUCGGUGCUCCCGAGGACGGUGCCCUUGAGAUCCCUGCCUUCGCUUUGAUCGGCAAGCGUGCCAAGCUGGGAGGUUCCCUCAUCGGAGGCCCCAACGAGAUCCGUGAGAUGCUUGCCCUGGCUGCCGAGAAGAAGGUCCAGCCCUGGAUCGAGGAGCGUUCCAUGAAGGACGCCAACAAGGCCGUUGUGGAAAUGGACGCUGGCAAGGCUCGCUACCGCUACGUCCUGAGCAACGAGCUGUAA